CGCAGUUCAGGGAGGGGGAGGAGCCGCUCAUGGUCUCCCAGUUCAUGAUGGAGCUGCAGGUCGGUGGAGGAGGAUUUGGCUGGUGAGAUGGCGGGGCGCAAGGAGAUGGCGCUCAACCUGGCCAAGUUCAUCGACAAGGGCGUCCAGGUCAAGCUCACCGGCGGCCGCCAAGUUACAGGAACUUUAAAGGGAUAUGACCUACUGCUGAACUUAGUGCUGGAUGAAGCAGUCGAGUCUGAAAGAGAGGGCGAGCUGGAGGAGAUUGAGAAGGGCUUGGAGCCUUUGUGGGAGCGCUUGGUCCACCUGCUCGAGCGCAUCGUUGACAGGCUGAACGUUGUUCACCACAUCAAGGCUGUCAAGGACUCGCCCGACCUCUGUGCCGCCGUCGAGGAUGUCCAGAUGCUAGCGUUUCAUGUUUCAUCCCGAGCAUCAAGACGAAGAAGUCGGAAGAAGCAUAGUUCAAGCUCAUCGGAGCUAGUUCAAGGAGUAAUGAAGCCCUUGAUGCUGAUCCGUAUUGGAACAAAUUGA